UUAGUUGCAACCUUAAUCCCAUUAUUGGUGUUAAGGACAUUGUGAUCUACAUCUUUCACACAUUUCUGUUAGACUAAAUGAUUCAUCUAAUAAUUGAGAAAAUAAUCUGCAGAUUAAUUGACAGUGAAAAUAAUCAUUAGUUGCAGCGUUACAUCAACUACAAUGUAGUUGAAGCAUCAAGUCAAUAGCAUAAUGACAGAUACCAAGGGCUAUUCUGAGCUAGGGCUGCAACUAACGAUUAUUUUCAUUGUCGAUUAAUCUAUUAUUUAUUUUUAUAACAGUCACACUGCAUCAAAUCUGAGUAUGUCUCAUGUUUUGAUUCCAAAAUCAAAGUCUUCACAUUAACCACAGCAGUCAGAUCACUUCCUCAAAACUAUUUAGCCUACUUAAGAAAAUCUUACCCUACCUCUAGGAUUUGGCCUAAUUCUCCUCAUAAAGUGCCAUGAACAGAAUAAAGCUGUGACAGUCAUAUGGAUAGAUCUGAAUGAAUGCAGUGGGAGGAAACCAAAUGAUCCUGUAGGUUUUUUUUCUCAUUCUAUGCACAUCUAAAUCAGCAGAGUAUUGCAUAAUGUAACAGAAGAGGGGUGUUGCAUAAUGCCAGACUGCACUGACUGGAAGCUGGCAUGAUGGAUCCUCCAUUCAUUCGUUGUUGCAAACUCUGAAAAAAAACAGCGCAAUAACACACAACAACGUGGUAUUGUGUAUGUAUAUAAAAAAAAUGCCAAUAAACUGUACAAUAAACCUGUUCCCCUUAUUAAUACUUUUUGCAGUAUGACAGAUUGGGAGAUUAGCCAAUCAGCUGCGGAGUGGGCGGGACUUAUCUUAAGUAUAAGCCAAUCAGCGGCGGCGUAGACGGGCUUUGUGUUAAGAAUCAGCCAAUCAGCAAACACGGCCGCAAAUAUUCCCCGUCAAAGAAGUACUGUAUGGUAGGAGAGCCACAUUCAAUGUUAUAGCUACAGUAGCUCGUCCUCAGCACUACAAAUAGUGACCUAGAUUUACACUAGAGAUGUGGUUAAAUGUUACAACCGGGUGUGUAGAAAUAUUCCCCUUCUUCAUGUCAAAAACAGACGACAAGUCGUGGAGCUAACUCUCGGUUUAACGGGGGCGUUUCACAGCCUACACACUUCUUCCAGAGUUUAAAUUCAACGCUAAUAAAAUGGAGAGUCAGGCAGCAGCAGCAGGCGACGGCGUCCUGGACUUCUCCCGGUUGAGUCUGAGCACUUUUAGCGUCGACAGUAUCAGCGACGAGAGGAAGAGGGACACCAGACAGCUCUACCUGAACUACAACCGGCUAGCCGAGCUGCCCGAGUCGGUUAGCCUCUUCUGCAAUCUGGAGUUUCUGGACAUCAGCAACAACGGACUGUCGGCCAUCAGCGAGGGCAUCACCCGGCUGAGCAGGCUGAGGACACUCAUAGCCAAGAACAACCGGCUGGACGAACUCUCGCUGCCCAAAGAGUUCGGCUUGCUGCCGCUGGAGGUGUUGAACUUUAGUGGGAACCGCUUCGAGGAGAUCCCGCUGCAGUGUACGAAACUGCCGCGUCUGCAGUCGCUCUCGCUCGGCGGAAAUAGACUGAAGAGUAUACCUGCGGAGAUAGAGAACCUCACCAGUCUGGAGCUGCUGUAUCUGGGUGGAAACCUCAUCACAGCCAUUCCUCCAGAAGUGGCUAACCUGCCCUGGCUCAGCUACCUGGUCCUAUGUGACAACCGCAUCCAAAGCGUUCCCCCGCAGCUCACCAGGCUCCACUCGCUGCGCUCUUUAAGUCUCCACAACAACUUGCUCACUUACCUGCCGAGGGAGAUCCUCUGCCUGGUGCACCUGCAUGAGCUCAGUCUCCGUGGCAACCCAUUGGUGGUGCGCUUCGUCAAGGAGAUGACAUACGACCCCCCGUCACUGCUAGAGUUGGCAGGACGUACCAUCAAGAGUCGGAAUAUUCCAUACUACCCCUGCGACCUGCCGUCAAACUUGCUGUACUACCUAGACCUGGCCAGCAAGUGCCCCAACCCCAAGUGUGCCGGCGUCUACUUUGAUUCGUGUGUGCGCCAGAUCAAAUUCGUGGACUUCUGUGGAAAGUACCGGCUGCCCCUCAUGCACUACCUGUGCUCCCCAGAGUGCACCUCUCCCUGCAACUCCAACCCCCAGAGCGACGCCGAGUCAGAGGAAGAGAGCAGCGUGCCCGCUUACCGCCUGCAGAGGGUGCUUCUGGGAUAGUACGAUACGGAGGAGCCUCUGACCCUCUGGACGAGCCCGGCCUUUGCAGUCUGUCACUGUGUUAUACAGACAUGAACUUGGCUGUCAGACUUUACGAAACAUGGACACACAUACAUACACAAACGGUAUGUAGACAGACAUCCUCCUGGAGUCCUGAAAACAUGUUAACUCCAUUUUAUGGAACUUUUUAGAGAGGAAUCUCUCUCUCACCACACAUCCACUCUACAUGACAUGAGUAAAGGAGCCACAGUCAGUCAGUCAUGACUCCAUCAAAGUGCUUGUCUCAUGGUCGAGCAUAGGAGGGCUGUAAAACUCAGUGAAGACUGAAGGAGCGGCAGGGUUCUUUUCCUUUUCAGGGCAGCAUACUUUAUCUUUCAUACACUUGGGUGCUUUUUUAGUAGCAACAGCACAUGAAUCUGCAAUUUCUGAAAGUUUGGAUAUGAACAAUGUGUUUUUUGUCCAGCUACUGGUGACACUAGUACUCGAGAGCUCAUGUUUACAACAUGGGAAGUCAUGUACACAAUAUGCUUGGCGUUCAAGUGGUUAAGUCGUGAAAACACCGCUGCUAAGCAACGGCAAUAUUAACUUUGCUGUCGACGUCUAGAAGCCACAGAGGCUAAUAAUUUUUGCAAGCUAGCAAGUGGGUAACAUAAUGCAGGGAAUGCAAAGGCAUAGUGACAGAGGAAAAAAAUGAGGGCGUUGGGAAUAUCAACAUUUUCCUCAGACAUAUCAAAUUCCGAAGAAUCACAAUAUGCGACUAAAAUGACAAUAUAUUAACUUAUUAU